GUCUCCAGAGACACGAGUAUCCAGCAAACGAGUUUGUGGACCAUUCGGGCUUCCGUAGGCAGCAGGAGUGAAAGGACCUGCUCGCAGCUGAUGCUGAGAGCAUCCCUUUUGCUCUCAGCUUUUCCUCAUAAUCCUCACCAAAAACACAACGAGAUGAUGGCAAAUCCUGCAGGUUGCAUCCCUCUGCUUUGCGUUUCCAGUAGCAUCGUCAUUGUAUCUCAUGCCUGGCGCAGGAUUAUGCUUAUACAGUCGAUGUAGAUCAGACACAAUAGUCUGUCUGUGGAAAAAUGAGAAUAUAGUUCUCUUGUGUAGAGUCGGGCUGCACCGAGCCUUUAGCUUCGAGUGUUUUUCUUCAUUAUUUUUAAACAUUUGUCGGGCAGCAGAAUCCUGCAACGGCAUUUUAAGUUCCCCUGUGUCGGUGGGUGUGGAUACAUUUACUGGUGCUCCAGCAGAAGAGAUGCAGAGAUAGAAGUGUCCGCCUCACAACAUCAAGUUUUCCCCAGGUGCCUGAAGUUUCCAUGGUUGACAACAACUUGCAAAGGUCAACAGUGGGUGGAGAACCUACGCAGUCUGCUGAUUUGUUGCCAGGGGACAUCGUUAUCUAGACUGGAACGUUUGGGAGACGACACAACACAACAAACGUAUACGUUUAUCACCUGCUAUAAUGGAAAUACCCCAAUAAAACUGCCUGGACACUUAGAUACUUCAUGGUGGUAACCGAGGACAAAGUGUCCAAGUGAUCACAGCUGUUGGGCUGAGGUACUGACGACCAGUCCUUAUCAAUAAGCCCAUGAUCCCUGCGGAGGUCAGGUAGUUUAUUCCCCCAGUCGGUGUCAGGUGUUCUGAGAUAAUUUCCUUAUUCUGGCGUCAACAGUGCUGUUUGAAAACUCUUUUAUCACUGUGUCACCUUGAGCUACUGGCAUGAGUUUAUGUCCAUAACUGGCCUUGUCGUGGCUGGCCGUCGCAGGACGGUUGCUUUCCUCUGCCAUGACCCGACUGAUGUUGGGCCGGACUCUGGAGCGCAUCUGUAAAGGCGUUUUGCUGCUGUGCCUGCUCCACUUUCUCAUCAUGAUGAUUCUGUACUUUGACGUUUACUCGCAGCGCUUCGACCUCUUCAGCCGCUUCAACAACGGACGUAAUGGGUCCAGGAAUAACAACAGUGGAGCGACUGGGAGUGGACACCACUAUUACUAUUACAACCUUUCCAGGCCAAAUGCAACAUUAGCCAGCUACCUGGCUGCAGGUGAGCAGCUGGUGUUGAGCAUGCAGCCGGAGACCAAUCAGAAGCCUUCUCCCAAGCCAUUGCCGCCAUGCCCUGAGAACCCUCCUGGUCUCGUGGGGCGUUUGUUGAUUGAGUUCAGUUCCCAGAUGACCAUGGAGCGAGUGCAGAAAGAAAAUCCCAAUGUGACAGAGGGAGGCCGCUACACCCCUCCAGACUGUCGGCCUAGAUGGAAGGUGGCCAUUAUUAUCCCGUUCCGUCACAGGGAAAACCACCUGAAGUACUGGCUCCACUACGUCCACCCCAUCCUCAGACGGCAGAGGAUCGACUACGGCAUCUACAUCAUCAAUCAGUUGGGUGAGGACACCUUUAACCGUGCCAAACUGUUGAACGUUGGCUACACCGAGGCUCUGAAGGAUGCAGAGUACGACUGCUUUAUCUUCAGUGACGUGGACCUGAUCCCCAUGGACGACCGCAACCUCUACCACUGCUACGACCAGCCCAGGCACUUUGCCAUCGCCAUGGACAAGUUUGGCUUCAGGCUGCCAUAUGCUGGCUACUUUGGAGGAGUUUCAGGCCUCAGUAAAAAACAGUUUCUGAAGAUCAACGGCUUUCCCAACGAGUACUGGGGCUGGGGCGGAGAGGACGAUGACAUUUACAACAGGAUCACUCUGAACGGAAUGAAGGUGUCCAGACCAGACGUCCGCAUCGGCCGCUACAGAAUGAUUAAACACGAGAGAGACAAACACAACGAGCCCAACCCACAGAGAUUCAAUAAAAUACAGAACACAAAGAACACCAUGAAGAAGGAUGGAAUCAGCUCACUGACCUACAGGCUGGUUCAGGUCAAGCACUAUCCCCUCUACACAAAUAUUUCCGUGGAGAUUGGUAAGCCGCCGCCUCGGCCUUUUAAGGGCUAGAGGGAGAGGAGGGGAAUAAGAUGGACUGAUGAAGCACGAUUACUGGAGUGGAGAGUUUAAAUGAGGGCCAUUUAGAGAAAGGAACUCUGUGUGGAAAGUAGUCACAAGCACAUCACAGCCUCCAGCUUUCUCUCUUUUCUUCCCACCACUGCUGUCUUUUAUUGACAUUUCAGCUUGUCUCUUCUAGAUUCCAGGACUUGGGCUCUUCACUACAGUUGUUGUUUUUUUAAGUGACCAGUGGCUUUGCAUUUCCUACUUUUACCAAUGGGUGGCUUUAGAACAUGAUCCUGGAUCAAAAGCCCAAAUGUGGCUGUGUGAUCAGACGAAUCCUGGAGACAGAAUCCAGUGACAGAUCAACAGACACUGACAGGAACAGUCGGUAGGUGAUGGGACAGUCACAUGACAUCACACUUUGGAAUAUUUCUGCGGUGGUAACCUGGGUGUGUUGGACAAGAUUUUGUUUGAUACGGAGUGAAUUGAAAGAAAACUGCAGUUUACAUGUAAACGUUCAGUGUGAGAGAGACUGACAGAGAAUGUGGGACCUACUGGUUGGCUACUGAAGCAUCAUGGGAGCUGAGAAAGAUCAUCCCAGAUCAUCACCUCCAAAGCAUUUACAGCGAUGGUCAGAAGAGCUGAAGAUGUCAACACCCAGUCUGGCUCCUCUGUGAGCCGCUAUUCCAUGAUUUUCAUAUCAGAGACGCCGAACAGGCAGAUUAUUAUCGACGUGUUCCAUCGAGGAGUCACUUCCCUGGAUCCUAAAUUCUCUAAUCGUCAACUAAUGAAUGUGUAUCAUGCCUGCAUCUACAGCAGAAGAACAGCACUGAUAAAAUGUCAGCAGCGACUCACACCAGAGGACUCACUCUAACUUUGGUCUCUUUUUAUAUUAAAACUUCUACCUUGGAAACACAUACUGACUUAUAUGAAGUUUUGCAAAAAAAAAAUGAAGAAGAGGGGAAGGAAGAUGUGAGUUGUUUUCUCUUGUAGUGAAUGAUAUGGAAACAGUGGAAUAAAAGAUUUGAGGUGAGUAUACACUGACAGCUCAGUAUGAUUUGACUCUUUGAGGAACAUUAAGGGUUUUAGUAAGGGUUUGUUUUAUUUACUUCUAUACACUUUUGAUACGAUAAAACCUAACCUGUGAUUUGGUGAUGUUCUUGAAGCUUCAUCCAUCAGGCAAAUUAACAGGACAAGUGACUUGGAGUGUAUUUGACGAAACCUGAACUAAUAAGCAAAUGCCCCUGUCAUUAAUCCACACAGAUUUUCCCGACAGCCCGGGUCAUUUGAUGGCAUUAUUUACUCUAGUUAAUUAGAAACUCGUAUUAAUUGUUAUCUUGUGCUGAGAACCAUUAGUAUAAAUGGCGAGAAGUUCUUCAAGUCCAUCAUCUGAGCCUUUAGCUUUCACACCCUUUUAUGUCAAACUUACUUUUACUUGUUGCUUAAAAACUAUAUAUUACUAUCAUGACCUUUGGAAUGAACGUCUAAAUGACGCUAUGCUUAUAAAACCAUUAAAAACACAGAAGAUCAUUUUCCUGUUCUUUUGCCUGUGGAAUAAAAGGUUCAAGUUAAUUACCAGAGCACAAAUCCAGUUUGUUUUAAUUCUAAGGAUAUUAAUCCAACAUUUUAGAUAAAAAAAAAUAAUUACCAACAGUUGUGUUCAUUGUUGAAGGUGAAAUAUUUUUGACAUUUGUUAAACAGUCUGUUGACCCAGUACAUGUAUUGAUAUUGACAUUUUGUCAAAACACAACUUGAGAAUAUUAUCUGCAUUGAACGGUUGGGUUCCAGCCUGUGGACUGAGGCAUCAGUUAUGAUCAUUGUGUUUUUUUCACCUGGAGAAUGGACAUCUGUACAAACUCCUGAAGGGUUCAAUGCACAGACAACAAGAUCACUUCACUAGUUCCUUUUUAACUAGUGUUGUAAACUAUCGCUGGUUUUUACACUUCAUUGAAACUUUUGAUCUUCACUACACCAUAUUCUUUUUUUUCUCUGAUCCUUUUAUUAUUUCAUAUUGUUUUUCUAUCUUUAAGGGAUGGGGGGGGCAAUUAUUUUAUCAAGAGAGUGUGAAUUAUAAAGUUACAGUCUUCCGCUGGUGGAAAUGAUACAUUUCAAAGGAGUAAUUAGAAACGUUUGACUGACGUCUCUGUUAUUUUAUCACCAUAAUCUUUACUUUUUAGAUUUCUAAAGCCACAAUCUGAACAGAUCAAACAUCUACUGUAAAGAGGAAAAAAACAGAGCGGAGUUAAUGAUUUCCUCCAGCAAAACACUGAGGCCUUUGACUGUUUUGACUGUGUUUCAUCUUUCCUUGAUUGUGCUCUUGUUACUGUUGACGCCUUCAGAAGUCACAUGAAUUCGGGGUUUUUUUUCUCCUUUUUUUUAAAGAUUAUUCCUUCCUGUGUAUUGUUGUGUUUGUGGAUCACACAGCUCUGAGCCCAUCAUGGAUGUCUCCACCAUACUGUGUGUUCCGUCCACUCCAGACACAGAUGUGUCUCACAAGCCUGCUGCUUGGUGUUUUGUCUCUGAAUCUGUGCCAUUUACUUUAGCUUUUCAUUAUUUUCUGUGUUUUUCUGUGUUUUUUAUCCCCAGUUGUGAAUCCCUUUCUCUCCCUUUUUUCUCAUCCUUCCCCCACUCUUUUCCCUUCUCAUUCUCUCCCUUUUUUCUCUACUUGAUUGCCUUUUCUUUGUCCAAGUGCCAACCUCUCUGGAUAUAUUUCAGCAUCCUGGCUAGAAAGACAGCAUACAGAGAAGUGAGCACAAUCCUGCGGCUGCGGUGUUUACAGCAAAGUCUGCACGAUAUUGUCAUCUGUUCCACAUCCUGCUGUAAGCCAGUGUUUCUCAAAUGGUGGGUCACGGUAAUGCACACAUAGUUCCGUUAAUUCCAGCUCUGUCAGCGAGACACUCCCGGCUGCAGUUUCCUUCUGAGACAUAACACUAUUUUAUUGAUUUUACAGAGCCGGACACAGAGAGUACAUUUAGCCACAAACUGAAUAUAAAAAUGGACUGAGCCACCAGGAGCCAUCAGGGAAGUCAUUUUCUUUUUCCAUGAAGCCGUGCAGCUCAUAUAUUUAACACGUGUUCUAUCACCAACCAACUAUUUUUUAACGCUUAAUUCUUCUCAGGGUCACCAGAGGGAGCUGGAGCCAAUCCCAGCUGCUCAGUCCUUCACGUGGCCAUGUUUAGAAAUAAUUGCCCUUUUAUUUACACCUUUGGUGUAUCCUCAGCUGGUUUCUCCCAAAAAAGAGUCACUCCUAGUAAAGAGAGAAAAGGGAAAUGGCUCAUUGUGGAGUAAAAGAACAAAAAAAUAACAAUUUGAAGUUUAUUUAUUUGUCAUAUUGAUGCACACACAACAAAUUUGACAAAUUUUAAUUUUAUCAGAGCGAGUCACUGAUCCUUACACUGAUGCUAAGAAAAACACCAUCAGACUAACAGACUUGUACUUGUCAUAAGACCAGAUAUCAUUUGUCUUGAACCUUUGCGGAUGUCUUCUCCAGCCUUGUUGUGUAUAAAUACAUUACUGAAAAACACAAGGUGAAGGAGUCUGUUCAAGUUGAGGGAAGCAGGUCAGGGUGGGGCAGGAGAGUCAAGGCCUCAUGUGUAAAGAGACGUGUAAAAAAAAAGGAUUAUAGGUUUAAGCAACAUAAACUGCAAAAAUAGUAUUUGAAUUUGCUUUGAGAGUAGAAGCCGCCACGAAGCAGCGCUUGAUGUUUCUUGAUGGACGAUUUUGGUGUUUGAAGCCGUUCCACAUGUCGCGCACACCUCAGGUGUUUAAGUACUCGAAACGCUUUUUCAAAUACUUUUUUUUGCUCGUCUGGUCUGCACAGGGCAGGCAGAACUUUUAGGCCUUUGGGCAUUUUUAAAGAUUUAUCUCUGUAUCUCUAGCUAUUGCGUUUUUUUUGUACAUUGAAUGUUAAAAAUGUUAUAUCUUAUAUAGAAUGCAUUAUGUCAUAUCAAACAUACUUUUUCUAUACAAUCAAUAAAUCUGAUGUUGAAGAUUGUAA